CAUUGGUGAGCGCCUCUGCUGGCCUUCGAGGUGGGCUUGACUCCUCAGCCCUGAUUUCUUCAUCAGUCCCUCCGCAUAUCAGCUUUUAGUUUCCCGGAGGAAAGCCCGUCCGAGAUGACAUUUGGAGGUGAACUGCCAGACGAGGUCAGCCCGGUGAUUUCAGAACUGGUUCCUGUACGGGCUGGCUGGCUUGCUAGUUUCAGUUCCCGCACUGUACAGUAAGGCUUCCUGCUCUGUCAGAGGGAUUGCAAUGAAACCAGCUCAGGAGCGUAACCAGGAGUGCCUACCUCCGAAGAAGAGGGACCUCCCCGUCAGUAACAGCAGCGGAGCUGGAGGCACCGGGGGAGGUGGGGCUGCAGCGGGAGGCGGAGGCAUCGGCGAGGAUGAAGUGGUCUCCAUCCAGAACUCUGCAGCCAGCAGUGACUCUCAGGGAGGGACCCAGUCUGGGGAUUGGCUGCGAGCUCAGUCGGGGCUUCACUACGGAGUGGAUAACUCGGACGGCGUGCCGGCGGUGCCCGUUGACCAGUACAGUAUGCUGUACAAAGUGGCCCUUCCGUCUGUAACCUACUCACCCACCAGUCUGCACCCGGUGUUGAGCCACAUCUCCCCCGCCUACACUGUCCACUCUCCCCUCCUGCAGCAUCCGGGCCUUUCCUAUCCUCCUCUUGGUUAUGCACAGAUUCCUCAUUCCUCUCUGCAGUUUGUCAGCUCCCCAUAUGCAGCUGUACCUUAUGCUCUCCCCCCUGGCUUUGUGCCGGGAUCAUUAAUCUCUCCCUCAGGCUCCAUCCCUCAGCCCCACACCGUUUCCCACCUGGUUCCCUAUCCAUCUGUCAUACAAGAAGGUGUCGUUUCCCCGCCGCCCCAGGCCCAGGUCGCUGCUCACACUUUAACCAAAGUUGCAGCUUCAAGUGGCGUCCCACUGAUGCUGCCCUCAGAGCAAGCUGCCCAGCAGCACCUCGGUACCGUCGGAGUCCUGCCCACGGCGGAGCUGGGCUCCCGGGGGAUGCCGGUCUUCUACCACCCUCAGCUCACCAGGCCUGCCAACGCCAGCAGAGACUGCCACAGUUCCCACCAGGAAGGCGAGCCCGAGAUGAAUGGAGGGGACAAAGAGCAGGGGUCCCGGGACGCCGUCCCGGACUCCGUCUACACUGCCAGAAAUACGCGCAUGCUGCAGGUAGCGUCCGGCGCUGCGGCACAGGAGCACAGCCAAGACAAAGCCGCCCUCAAUCGACGGCUGGAGGAGAGAAGCUCGCCGGGUCAGCGCAGCACACCAGACAGCGACCUGGAGGUGCAGCAGGUGGUUGGUCGCUUGGCCUUCUCCAGCCAAAGUGGUGGUGCAAUGCGGAAAGAGGUCUCCUUUGCUCCCUUGAACCUCUCUCAGGGUGGCCAGAGAGCCAGAGAGGCGAGCACAGGUGCCACUCCCGGCCGGACUGCAUACGUCGCCCAGCCAGCGGGUUACAGUGAUCCCAGGGUCCCUGGUGUUCAGCAGCAAGCGGGGCAGCCGGGCCACGCCGUCAUGCUCGCCAACGGACAGCCGGUUCUCAUUCCUCUGGAGUAUCACCAACACCAAACGCCACAGCAACACUACCCAGGACAGGCUAACGACGUCUCAGCCAGCCACGCCUCUGCCACUAACCCAAGCUUUAAAGCCUCUGAUUCUUCAGCCAGAGUGUGCCUCCCCGUAAGGGCGGAUCCAGUCGCAGCUCAGCAGCAGGGUCACCCGCCAGCUCCAGCUCAGCCCACGUCCGAGGCGGCUCAGAACGCGGCUCCCAGCCUCGGUCCCACCCCGGCUCCCUGCAACCCCUCACACUUCAUGAAGGGAGCGAUCAUUCAGCUGGCUACCGGGGAGCUGAAGCGUGUGGAGGACCUGCAGACUCAGGAUUUCGUGCGCAGCGCCGAGGUGAGCGGCGGGCUGAAGAUCGACUCCAGCUUAGUGAUGGAUAUCCGCGCCAGCCAACAGAGGCCCGGCCUGGUGUCGCUUCAUUUCACCGUCGGCGAGCAGCAGAGCAAAGUGACCAUCGACGUGCCGCCGGAACACCCCUUCUUCGUGUUUGGCCAGGGGUGGUCGUCCUGCAGCCCCGAACGCACCGCCCAGCUCUACGGCCUGGCCUGCCACCACCUGCAGGUGGGAGACAUGUGCGUGUCCAUCACUCUGCAGCAGCAGCAGCAGCUUCAGCCGCAGCAGCAAAAGCAGCUGCAGCACCAUAAUUCACAGCAGCAGCAGCAGCAGCAACCGCCGCCACAACAGCAGCAGCAACCGCAGAACGUGUCCAGGACUUUGAGUAAAGCCAACGCUGCAUCAGGACCUGGUCACCAGCUCAUGGGGCCUCCGGCCCCUCAGCAGUCGCGUCCGCAGUCUCACUUCAGGAUUGAUCGCAUCCACAGAGAAAGACAGAGGGAUGGAGAGAGAGACGGGAUUAAUAAAGAGGAAGUCACACAUUUAGGAGCCAUCGGGCACGCCGAAUCGCCGUUAAGACCGAGUCGGACCUCUGCAGAGCACCCGAGGAGCCAGAGCAGUUACCACUUGCACACAGAAGCCUCUGCCUUCGCAGACGCGGGGAUGGCGGCGAUGCAGGCGGCUGCAGGUGCCUCUCAGAGACGCUGGUCUUCACCGGGCCUCCAAAGAUACAGUAUGAAGGGAGACGAGGGGCCACGCCCUCAGAUCAUCACCUCCGGCCAUUCAAGGCCUUCUUUCAUCCCCCAGGAGGUCAAACUGUCCAUCGAGGGGCGCUCUAAUGCAGGGAAGUAGCAUUACAUCUGGUAGCAACUAUUAAGAGACUGCCACAAAGUAAGAAUGAAUCUGACAAGGUGAGGGGGAAAAAAAAAAAAGAGUGCGAAUGUAGCCUCAGAAUGUUUGAGAUUUUGCACACCUAGAAUAUACAAAAAAAAAGAAAUACAAGACGGUUGUCUUUUCUGUUGAAUAGUUCUGAUCUGGUUUGGUUGUAAAUCAGCCACCAGUUGUCUGGUUUGCGAGUCAGUCUGAAAGGGACAUGAAAAGCUGAGUACAAAGUAUGUAGCCGAUGAAAUGCCGACCGUAGUGGUCCUUCCACACUGCGUUUCCACUCUUCCCUUUAUCAUCUCCUCUCAUGCCCGGAAGUCGCCAUUGCUUUGAAAACACUCUUGCUUCCUUUUUGACGACAUUGUCUCUUUAUAAACUGCAGAUAGCACAGUGAAACUACCAGCUCUGCCGGUUCAAAUGUUUAAACAAAGAUCACAGCCGAGUGACUUUGUUUUGUUUUUUUGUUGUUUUUUUCCUCCCCUGCUCUCUAAGGAUCCUGUUUCCAUCAGAAGCAUUUACCCAAAAAGAGUAGAGUUGCUGACAUGGGCAUCUUUCCCGGUGGCGUUGGCACCGUCGCCGCUGCCGGUGUAGCUUACAUUAUGCUUCUCCAGCAGGAUUAGAAAAACCUCUGCUGUCAGCAGAGACACUCGCUCCCUUUCCUUCCUGUUUCUACUUGGAUACAGUUCUGGAUCUUCUGUCAAUCCGAGUGCGGCGCGCCCCACUUGUCUGGCAAUCAAAUAGUGAUAAAGCAAUCAGUUUUUCUAUUCAAGCAAUCCAUUUCCUCUCCUUGUGAUCUGCUGUCAUGAAACAGUGACGGGCUGCUUUUGGCCUCAUAAAUGUGCAGAUGGUGUCAAAUGCAGGAAAAACUCACCAAGCCUCUCGGUGACGGGCCUCAGUGCUCCUCGGCGUUGGUGGCUGCGGGGAUAAACAUGUCUCUACCCAAAGAGAAUCCUCUUCCUGGUGUUUCUGAAUCUCUUGCAGGUUUUUCAAGUGAGCUGAUAAAGCGACCAUAAGUGGCGUUACAGUUCACACAGCUCCGCUUCGCUCAAAUUUCUGCAUUAUUUGGCAAAACUCUGGUCUGUUUCCAGUUUGGCUGGCAUAUUUAAUAAGUCCAUUUGGUCUUAAAUCGACUUUGAGGUCACGUCUGAGUUGGGUGUGUGUGUGUUAUAUUUCUAAUUGAAGCCACAUUUUUUUUUUAAUCAACUGACUUUUCUCGCUAAGGAGCGUAAACUCCUUAAAAACUCAGCGUUGACACAAUGCCCCCAGAAACUGGAACUGCUGGGAGGAACAAUCACUUGGUUUUUCCUUUAAUUUGCCACCAUUUUGCAUGUGUGCGUUUGGCCGAGAGUGCAGAUUUACCAGUUUUAAUGUGAGGAAAUAAGAUUCAUCUGUGUGUCAUGGUGUCACACUGCAUUAAGUUGAACUCCCCCCGUGAAGAGUGAUCUGUCGUCCAGCUGCCGCUCCGCUGGACUCCAGAGCUCCCCCCGUUCAGACCGCUGAACAUUAAAGCAAUUUGAAGACACAUAUUUAAUGAAGAAGGCACAGAAGCCUUCAACAAAGCCACCUGAGGAUAUGAACCAUAGGAACAUCACGCUGUCUUGUGUGCUCGGCUUCAUUUUAAGUUACCAAAUUAAUGCAAUAGUUGUUUUAUUUUAUAUAAAUGUUUUUUUUUUUUUUUUUUUUUUUUGAGCAGGUGUUCGCCCCGCUCUGUACUGACCUCCCUUGAAACCACUCGCUACGCUGUACGCAGCUUGCUAAAUCGCUGUACGUGUAAAGGGGGAUCUCUUGCAUUUGACUGACUGAUGGGGAUGCUCGAUUCAUUUCCACUCGUUCAGUGGUUUUACAGAAACGCCUGGCUUGGUCGAGCCCAGACCCGUUCAUGAAUCUCCUUUUCUCUCCAUCUCACUGAUAUUCUUGAACCUGAGGUGGGUUUUUACUGAGAGUGCAUCUCCAGACCCCCCCCCCCCCCCCCCCCCCCCCCCCCCCCACCUCUGUUUAAUCUGUUUAGUUUCUUCUUGAUCACAUUUGUUUCUUUGCUUUUUUUUUUUUUUGUACCACCGUUUCUUUUGUCCAGUGGAUUGUAAGAUCGUGGUGUAUUGCACAUAGCAGAUGUCAUCCAACACUUACUGACCUUGAAAAGAGGAAUCACAGUAGAGUAAAUGUUUAUUUUUUAAUGAAGGGAAUACGUUUGAAGUAUUGUUGUCUGUGUUUUGUGGUAAGCUGGGGAAAAAAAAGAUACAAACUGACCUGCAUUUCUAACUCUGUUUACAAAUUAGCCACGAUGAAUGCUGCAGUUUCUUCUUUCUGACGUACUUUUUACUGUUUGUCACAAAAAAAACAAAAAAAAAAAACCACAAAAAAGCCAAAAGGGUGAAAUUGACAAGUGCAAUUAGACCACACAUAAAAUCAUCCAGAGGUUUAUAAUCAGGCUACAUUCCUCAUGCAGACAUUCCCGUCUAAAAGUGUGUUAUCAUCUUACAGUACCAGAGAAUCGUGCGUUUUUCUCCAGUGUUCAGCAGCGUCGUGAAGGUCUGUGUGUAAAUCCUGGUGUUCGUUUUGCAGCCUGGAUUCGUAUCCGUGAGACUUUCAUUCUCCGCUUCGGAUCGUACUGCAUCAGAUUAGACUGCGAAAGUGUUUUUGAAAGCUUUGAUUUCCUUCCAGUUAACCCAUUUUCUACACACACACACACACACACACACACACACACACCACCUUCAGCUUCGCUCACGCUGUAAGCAAUAUACUUAAUACCUGACAACAUUUCAUAGUCUUGGCAUCCUCUAUGCAGUAAACUCAGUAUUGUACCCCUCUCUGUCUUACUGAGGCAGUCGCCUGAUGCAGUCCUUCUAUGCUGAUGUCUGUUUGUCGGACUUUCGCUUUAAAUGACCGUUAAUGUUGUUGUUUUUUUUUUUUAAAGGAAUUUAAAGAAGUGUUUUGCUUUCUGCUCCUCGUCUUUAUAGCACAGCGCUGAGUGACAGAUCAGUAAACUUUUAUUGUCUUUCACAAAGCCACAGAUUCCAAGCCAAAUCACUUGAGACGAGUGUCAUUCAGAUUUUGAUCCGUUGUUUUUUGGCAGGAUCGCCAAAGCCACUUCAAGCUUGCGUGUUAGGUCAAGAUGUGUUUGAGGUUUUUUUCGGUGCGAGCCGUGCCAACAGUGACUUUACCUCCUGUUGACUCUCACAGCUGACACCCCCACCCCCCCACCCCCCCCUCCGUGUUACCCUCAGCCUUUUUCAGGUUUUGCCCUGGACUCAAACCAAGAUGUCUGAAUUUUAUUCACAUCACUGAUAGUCUGUUGCUGUAAGUAAUUGCACUAAGAAGCCCUCCUUUACAGUGUUUUGAAAUCUGUUGGUAAAUUGAAGAGUUUGAAAAUGUAAAGCACACAGAAUCAUCGGUCGUGUGUUGUUGUUUUUUUUUUUUCUUUUGUAGAUAGAUGUAUUUUUUUUGUAUAGAUAGCUUUGACGAUGCUUGUCGAUAAUGCCUUAAAUUACUGCUUUGUACAAUGUGUGGAACUGAACUGUUUCUGGUUAGACUGCUUUCCCUUUUCAGGUCGCACACGAGCCAAUCAGACGUGUCGAUCCUCGGCUCUUUGUUCCUCUCAUCAUGUUUAUAGGUGUCAAAGUGUCACAGGAGCGAGAUCUCUGGUUAUUUUCUACUUUUUUUUUUUUUUUUUAACAUUCUCUAUGCUCAUACCUGAAAUUCAACUCCCAUAGUCUCAGUAUAUGGAAGUGAGACAAAUUGAUUCUCUUCUCUGCACUUUUUUUUUUUUCUUUUUUCCAACAAGACGACGCGAACAGUGUCAAGUUUUGGAGUGCGAUCCAUCGAUUCCACACAUGCAGAGACAGACAUGCACAGAUCUGUUUUAUUAUUGUUGUUGCACAAGAGCUGUAGGGUUUCUUUUUUUUUUUUAAAUUGGAUUGUGUUUGAUGUCUUGUGCUCUUUUAACAGUCUCUGGACAACAGGAAGUGGAUCAGUCAGAACCUGACGGUCGAUUACAUUGCUCGUUGGGGGGAUUUAUUUUGCAUGAACCACUUUUCCGUUGAUCCGGUGCGCAAAAAGUGAACUUGAGACGGUUUUAGACUCGCCGAUGUCGAAUUUCAUCACGAAGAUGGUUGAAAGUUUUAAAGGACAGCGUAUUUUCAGAUUUGACAUGGUACCUUCUCUUUUCGUUUCUUUUCGCACAAGGCGACUCUGCUUUUCAUGUAAUGUUAAAAACAAAACAAAAAUGCAUUUUUUUUUUCUUCAAAAUGCCUAAAUCUGCAAAAUAUAUGCAAUUAUGUAAAUGUAACAUUCAAUCCUCAAGUAUAAUCCAGGUUGUAUGAACUUUGUAUAGUGAGUUUUAAUAUCGUAUGGCCGUACCAAUAUGUAUUGAUCUUUAUCAGAAGCCUUAGAGUUGUCGACCCAAAGUGCUCCCUUAGAAAACCCCACACCUACCUGACUUUAACAAAGCAUUAAUAUCUCUAUUUUGUUGCAUUUUCAUUUCUACCCUUUUUGAA